UCCACGUUUCAGUGUCGGCGGCGGUCUUUGCGAAAGAUGCGCUUCCUCCACCUCAUCCGCCCCGUCAUGGGCCUGCUGCCCGAGGUCGUGCACCCGGACCGCAAGAUCCCCUUCCGCGAGAAGAUCCUGUGGACGGUGACGACGCUGUUCAUCUACCUCGUGAGCUGCCAGAUCCCCAUCUACGGCAUCAAGACGGCCAAGUCCAACGACCCGUUCUACUGGAUGCGCGUCAUCCUCGCGUCGAACCGGGGCACGCUCAUGGAGCUCGGCAUCUCGCCCAUCAUCACGUCCGGCAUGGUCAUGCAGCUCCUCGCGGGCGCGCGCUUGAUCGAGGUGAACCAGGGCCUCAAGGAGGACCGCGCGCUCUUCGGCGGCGCCCAGAAGCUCUUCGGCAUCCUCAUCACCGUGGGCGAGGCCGUGGCCUACGUCGGCAGCGGCAUGUACGGCCAGGUCGGCGAGCUCGGCUACGGCAACUGCAUCUUGAUCGUCGCGCAGCUCGUCUUCGCGGGUCUGGUCGUCAUCAUCCUCGACGAGCUGCUGCAGAAGGGCUACGGGCUGGGGUCGGGCAUCUCCCUCUUCAUCGCGACGAACAUCUGCGAGAACAUCAUCUGGAAGGCGUUCAGCCCGACGACGAUCAACACGGGCAAGGGCACGGAGUUCGAGGGCGCGGUCGUCGCGUUCUUCCACCUGCUGCUGACGCGCAGCGACAAGGCCCGGGCGCUCCAGGAGGCCUUCUACCGCCAGAACCUGCCGAACCUGACGAACCUGCUGGCGACCAUGUUCGUCUUCGUCGUCGUCAUCUACUUCCAGGGCUGGCGCGUCGACCUGCCGGUGAAGUACCAGAAGCACCGCGGCCAGCAGGGCUCCUACCCCAUCAAGCUCUUCUACACGUCGAACAUGCCCAUCAUCCUCCAGACGGCGCUGGUGUCGAACCUCUACUUCCUGUCGCAGAUGCUCUACAACCGCUACCCCGGCGUGUUCCUCGUGGGCCUCAUCGGCAAGUGGGGCAAGGUCGAGGGCGGCGGCGACGCGCCCGUGCCCGUGGGCGGCGUCGCCUACUACAUCUCGCCGCCGCGGUCCCUCACGGAGGUCGUCUUCGACCCCUUCCACGCCGUCUUCUACCUCGUCUUCAUCCUCGCGAGCUGCGCCGUCUUCUCGACGAUGUGGAUCGAGGUCAGCGGGUCGUCCGCGCGCGACGUCGCGAAGCAGCUCCGCGACCAGCAGAUGGUCAUGAAGGGCCACCGCGACUCGGCGCUCGUCCACACGCUGAACCGCUACAUCCCGCCGGCCGCGGCCUUCGGCGGCAUGUGCAUCGGCGCGCUUGACCGUCGUCGCGGACCUCCUCGGCGCGAUCGGCUCGGGCACGGGCAUCCUCCUCGCCGUGACCAUCAUCUACCAGAGCAGGGCGAGCUCCAGGCGGGCAUGCUCUAGGUCUUAUCCCACCGACAGUGGCGGCGCAUACUUUUCCGCGCCGCGGUUUGCCCCGUCGUUCCGCUCCCAAGUUCCGCGGAUUCGACGGCGCGACCGCGGCGGCCCAUCGCCCGCGGCCCGAGACCCGAGACCGUACCCAAGACUCGGCGCGCGUGGGCGGUUCCUCUUGGAACCGCCCUCUGGUGUCAACCCGCGCGACGCGGCGCUCCCAGGCCCGCGACGGACGGCGGCGGCCCGGGCGAUCUUCGACCACCGCGCCCCACUCCCUUUCCCCCCUCCUUCCCCCCGAACGACGCGGCCCCCGUGCCGCGCGGCCGACGCUGCUGAUGUAAGGCCCCCGCUCGAUGCC